CAAAAAUUCAUUUAUUUUAAUUUCCUAAAUAAAAUCUGACAUUUUUUUUUCCACAGUUUGGGAAAAAAUCAGUCGCCGAUGAGUACCGCCGUAGUUUCAGUACCUUGCUGCCUUUGCGCGGCGAGUUCCGGCCAGGGGAGGCGGAGGUGGAAGCUACCUCCUCCUCGCGCGGCGCUGGUGGAGGCGAAGCCGAUACCCGUUCCAUCACUCAGAGGCGGCGGCGGCGGCGGUGAUGACGGCAGCUCCGGUGUACCUGUGUUGCGAGUUAGGGAAUUGUCCUCCGCGUCGGCUCUUAGAGACCGGGCUGAUGAUAUGCAAGCAGAAGCCACGGCGAUGACCCGCGCCGCCGAUGCUUCCGUGUACACACCUGAACUUCUGGUCACUAAAUACGGUUCGCGGCCAAUCAAGGUGGUGCGGAGAGCGUUCGAGAUACUCGCCGGACUUGGCUCGUUUGCAAUCAAUUUGUGGCUCGACCAAGUCAAAGGCCAGAUCGAUCAGAACCAGAGACUUAGGGCAAUUCAAUUGAGGAAGACGUUCACUAGAUUGGGGCCUACUUUUGUCAAAAUUGGCCAGGGUUUGUCAACCAGGCCUGAUUUAUGCCCACCCCUAUACCUUGAUGAACUUUCUGUGUUGCAGGAUGCUUUGCCAACGUUUCCGGAUGCAGAAGCAUUUGCAUGUAUUGAGAAAGAGUUGGGAUAUUCACUCGACUCUGUUUACUCAUCAAUAUCUUCGUCUCCUAUCGCUGCUGCCAGUCUAGGUCAAGUUUACAAAGCGCAGUUGAAGUACUCUGGGCAGAUUGUUGCUGUGAAGGUGCAAAGACCUGGUAUCGAAGAAGCUAUCGGGCUGGAUUUUUACCUAAUAAGAGGUUUAGGUUUUCUCAUAAAUAAAUACGUCGACUUCAUCUCGAGUGAUGUUGUUGCUCUUGUUGAUGAAUUCGCUCGAAGAGUUUAUCAGGAGCUCAAUUAUGUCCAGGAAGGGAAGAAUGCAAGGAGAUUUAAAAAAUUGUAUGCAGACAAAGAAGAUGUCCUUGUCCCAGAUAUUUUCUGGGACUACACGAGUGGAAAAGUGCUAACUAUGGAAUGGGUUGAAGGUGUUAAAUUAAACGAGCAAGAGGCCAUUGAAAGGCAAGGGCUCAAUCUUUUGGAGCUGGUGAAUACUGGCAUACAGUGCAGUCUUAGGCAGCUCCUUGAGUAUGGGUAUUUCCAUGCAGAUCCUCAUCCAGGGAAUCUAUUAGCAACACCUGAUGGAAAGCUUGCUUUUCUUGAUUUUGGAAUGAUGAGUGAAACUCCUGAACAAGCGAGAUCUGCGAUAAUUGGUCAUGUUGUACAUAUGGUUAAUCGGGACUAUGAAGCCAUGGCCCGUGAUUACUAUGCUUUGGACUUUUUGUCUCCUGAUGUAGAUGUAACUCCCAUAGUGCCAGCUCUUAGGGGCUUCUUUGAUAAUGCACUGAGUUCGACCGUGAGUGAGCUCAACUUUAAAACUAUUGUGGAUGGUUUGGGUGCGGUUUUGUACGAAUAUCCAUUUAAUGUGCCUGCAUACUAUGCCUUGAUUUUAAGGUCUCUCACUGUUCUAGAAGGUUUAGCUCUGUACGCCGACCCUAACUUCAAGGUUCUGGCUGCAUCAUAUCCAUAUUUCGCUAAAAGGCUUCUUACUGAUCCUAAUCCAUAUCUAAGAGACGCUCUCAUCGAGCUGCUUUUCAAGGAUGGCAGAUUCAGGUGGAAUAGACUUGAAAACUUGCUAGUCCAGGGAAAACAAGACAGGGACUUCAAUGCAAAAGAUGCCUUACAACCUGUCCUGAAACUAUUGUUGGGUCCAGACGGUGAAGACUUGAGGGCUUUAGUAAUUAAAGAAGCUGUCUGCAUAACUGAAGCUAUUAUCCUGGGCUCGGUGGUUGAAUCGUACAACUUAAUUCCUGGUUUUUUACGGACAUUCAUCCCAGAUGUCAAUGCACCUGGUCCGUUAGUAAUGAACACUGCUGAACGGGAAAGCAUGUUGGAGCUUAGGGCACAAGUAUUAAGAAUAUGGGAACUUCUACGGUCCUCGGAGAGCUUCGAUCCUAGUAUUUUUCUGCCUAUACUGCAGGUACUGCAAGAACCUGAAGCACGAGUUCUGGGCGGACGUGUGGUCGGUGGAAUUACUCAACGUCUUGCUGCCCGCUUACUGCAGCAAGUUCUCCGGGAGCCGCCCGCAGUUUCUUCUCCAAGUUUCUAACUUUUUAUCUAAUAUAUAUUCUCAUGUAAGUGGUUUUUUAUUUUAUUUUACCACACGUCUUCUCUGAUACAUUUACUAUCGAUUUGGAAAGUGAAUACGAAAGAAGUAUACUGUGACAUUAUUCUGGCACUAAAUUUGUUUUACUACAUUU